CAGUUUAAUUUGAAAGGCAUGUUGUCCUGCCUCUAACACCAAAUGUACCCUUGACUUCAAUGGGGGCAGUUUAAGCCAAUAAUUAAUAGAAUGGCAGUUCUAAACUCAAUCUACAAUUUGAAGGACAGAGAAGCCUAGGAAUAUAUACGCAUUUACUUAUGGCUUCUUUGUACUCCGUCGACCUUCGUUGAAAUUAAGACACAUUGCUGACCAAAGUUAAAAACUUAAAAAUAAUAAAAACUCUUUGCUUUAUAACCCCACACCAGCCAGUUUCCCAUCUGAUGUGCUGUGUUUCCUUCUGAGUCUCGAGUUCUGAUAGCGUUUGGCUUUCUUUUCCCUGGGAAAGUUGAGAAUUCUAGCUUAUAGGCACCAGAAUUUUUUCUAGUUCUUUGAAUUGCUUGUCACUUGCUGUUUUCUUUUCACUGGCAAAGGAAGAUGGAGGAAUAUACUCAUUUUUUUAAUCAGGUACCUGAGCAAGAAAAGUGUCUUGGUAGCCCUAAAGCAUCAGAGGACAAAAAACUGGAGCUGAGACUUGGUCCCCCAGGAGACUUCUUUAGUUUCAAGAAUAUUACCACCGCUAGUGGAAUCAAAAGACUACUUGAUCAAGAUAGAUUUGAAGCGAAGACAGGAGAUGGAAACUGGUUUUCUCAUUCUCAUGAAAAGCAAUGCAAAAAGCUUUCAGGCCAUGAAGGAUCAGGUGAAAUGGUAUUCUCUUCUCCAUGGUCAUCAUCAUCAAGUGGCUCUCUACAUUCUUCAAGUUUCCAAAGGGAGAUUCAGAGGGAGAAAAUACAGCCAAAGCCUUCAUAUCUUCAGUGUUCUACAGUUGUAGAGUUGCAGUGCCCUGUUAAGAAGCCAAGUUCUGGCCCUGCUAGUGCUUCAUUUCCUGCCACCACAGCUGCAGGGACCAGUAACAAAAGAUUUGCGCCUGCUCCAGUGGUUGGGUGGCCUCCAAUUCGAUCAUUCAGGAAAAAUCUUGCUAGUACCAGCAGCAGAAGCUCAAAGAUGGUGGUUGAUGAUUUACCAAAUAAAACUCCAUCAGAAGGGUGCACUAAAAAGCCUGGAAAUUUCAGAAAUGAUUUAUUUGUAAAGAUCAACAUGGAAGGAAUCCCCAUUGGAAGAAAAAUAAACCUGAAUGCCUACGACAGCUAUGAGAAACUAUCCGUUGCCAUUGAUGAGUUAUUCAGGGGUUUGCUUGCAGUUUUAGCUCAAAGGGAACAUUCUGCUGCUAGGAAUGGAAACAAAGCAAAGGUAGAUGAAGCAAAAGCAAAUGCAGGUUCCUCAUCCGGAGCUGGAACUGGAACUGGGGAAUAUACUCUAGUCUAUGAUGACAGUGAAGGAGAUAGGAUACUUGUUGGGGAUGUCCCUUGGCACAUGUUUGUAUCUACGGCAAAGAGGCUACGCGUGCUGAAAGCUCUCAACUUUCCACACAACGACUUUCAGUUGACAACAGAGAGCAACAAAUUAAGGACGCCACAUAGGUCCUUAUUCGAAAUCGAAGAUGAUGAAGCUUUAAGUGGAGAAUAAAGUCAUGGCAUGCUGCGUGGCUUUCGGCUUUAAUUUCCACCUCUCCUCAACCCAACUUUAAUUUAAAUUUUUUUUUUAGAAUUUUCUUGAAGCUGAAGAUGAAAAAAAAAAAAAAAAAAAAAUA